ACUCAUUUUCCUAAAAAGAGUAAUGAAAGUAUUAAAAAUAUAUUAUCCUAUAUCUCCUUCCCUUGUUUUCUUGAUUGUGACUCCAACCCAGAGUAAAACAGAUACGACACCGUUCCUGCCUGCCGGCAAGUACCGUAACUGGAAGUUGAGCUGAGGCAGUGCUGCCAUAUCUCAGUUUCACUUAGAAGCAAAAAUGUCAUGGCUAGCGAGAUCCAUCGCCAACACUCUCAAACUCGAAAACGACGACGAAGACGAUCGCUCACCUAACACCAACACAAACGCCAGUGAUCCGAAUCCAGAAGAUUUACAAUCCGAUCAAAAUCAAAACCAAUCAACGGUCGACUCCCCACGCGGAGUCAAAGAGGACCUCACCGAACUCACCAAAUCUUUCUCCCGCCAAUUAUGGGGCGUCGCCUCUUUUCUCGCUCCUCCUCCUCAACAACAACCUCAAAUGUCCGAUCAAAGCCAGCCGUCCGAUCAAAACCAGCCGUCCGUUGAAAACCAGCUGUCCGAUCAACUCUCAGAUCCUGAUGUUGCGGAUGAGGAUGUUAUUGAGGGGAUCAAAAGCGAUUUCGCCGAGAUUAGCGGCAAAUUCAGGACUGGAAUCUCGAAGCUGUCGAACAACAUUAAUGUUUCGGAGAUCUCGAAAAUGGCGUCCAAUUUUCUGCAGUUUGCCUCUGAGAUGGAACCGACUGAAGCCGUCGGUGUGACUGAAGAAGUAUUGAUUUUUGCUAGAAACAUCGCGCUGCAUCCCGAGACUUGGCUUGACUUUCCAGUUCCUGAUGAUGAAUAUUUUGAUGAUUUUGACAUGUCUGACGCCCAACAGAGCAUGCUUUGGCUGUGA